AUGGUUGCCUCCAAGACGGGCUGGGUUGCUGUAUGCAAUGGGCAUGCAGCCCGGGCUCCUGAACAGGACCUCAUCUGCACUGAAAGGGAAUGUCUCGGUUACGUUGGUGAGGACACGUUCGAGCUGCACUCGUUGCAGCUUGAGCUGGAGGCCGUGGAGAAGCAGAUCCAGGAGUUGUUGGUGCGGCAGACGGAGCUGAGAGAGCGGAGAGCCGUUCUGGAAUCCUCCCGGAUGUCCUUCACUCCGGCGCCGGGACACCACGGACCCUGGGUGCAGCAGCAGCGGAAGACGCGAGCCAGGCCCCGGCCGAGGACCUCGCCCCCUACGCCGCCUCCGGUCUUCGAGAUCUCCACCCGGAACCGUUUCGCUCCCCUCCGCGAGACGGAACGCGACGCUGUGAUCGUCGGAGACUCCAUUGUCCGGUACGUACGUGCUACUUUAGCUAAAGGUAAAGUCCACACCCACUGUUUUCCUGGUGCUCGCGUUCUCGAUGUUUCUGCGCAGAUACCCGCAAUCGUGAAGGACGGCGAGAGCGUCGGCGCGAUCGUCCUGCACGCGGGGGUGAACGACACCAGGCUGCGGCAGACGGAGGUUCUGAAGAGGGACUUCAGCAGCCUGAUCGAGACGGUUCGCAGCACGUCGCCCACGACGAGGAUCAUCAUGUCAGGACCGCUUCCCACGUAUCGACGUGGGCACGAAAGGCUUUUCCGUGCUGAUGGCCUGCACCCCAGCAGAGUCGGAGCGGAGCUGCUGUCGGACAACAUCUCCAGGACGCUACGCUCCAUUUGACUAGUAAGUACAUUCUCAAAUGAUUGCUACGAUGGCUUUUGUUCUGAACGCCUAAAUGAUAGUAGUUGCACUGUCCAAUCUAUAAAGAUUGUGUCUGUUACUCGAAUAGUGAGGUCAAAACAUAAAUUUAAUGCAGGAUCUAGAAAAAAUCUGAUCGUAAUUAAACCAGAAAAAAGCAAAAUACACGAACAGAAACCAUUUUUAAAGCUUGGGCUCCUAAACAUUAGAUCACUUGCACCCAAAGCAGUUAUUGUGAAUGAAAUGAUCACAGAUAAUAGUUUUGAUGUACUCUGCUUAACUGAAACCUGGCUAAAACCUAAUGAUUAUAUUGGUCUAAAUGAGUCUACUCCGCCAAACUACUACUAUAAGCAUGAGCCCCGUCAGAGUGGUCAUGGUGGUGGUGUUGCAACAAUAUAUAGUGAUAUUUUCAAUGUUACUCAGAAAACAGGAUACAGGUUUAAUUCAUUUGAAAUACUUUUGCUUAAUGUUACUCUGCCAGAUAUGCAAAAGAAAUCUCUCCUAUCUCUUGUUUUAGCUACUGUGUAUAGACCGCCAGGGCCAUAUACAGAUUUCCUAAAAGAAUUUGCAGAAUUCCUUUCGGAACUAUUGGUUAAUUUUGAUAAAGUGCUAAUUGUCGGAGAUUUUAACAUUCACGUUGAUAAUACAAAUGAUGCGUUAGGACUUGCGUUUACUGACC